CGCCAACAGACGACACUGGACUGGAGUACUGGAGUUUUGGAGUAGUAGAUGUGACGGUAGUGGAGUCGCUGGAGUAUAGAACCUGGAGUUCCAUCUAGUCGCUUCGCUCUACCCGUGGGUGCAUUCACCUCGACGGUAAUUGAUCUCAUCUACAACCAUGGAGGUGAUACUAAGGCUGUUAGCAGUUGUUCAGAAUCUGUUAUGCUUCGUUCUGGAACCACUAUAUUGGUUGUGGGCCAUGAUGAAGAUAACAAUUCCUCUGCAAACCAUCAGGAACCCGAUCUUGACAAUGAGUGCUACUGAGCUGGCGACGAAAAUACGAACAGGAGAGCUAACCUGCGAAGAGGUGGUGGAGGUUUAUUCAUUCAGGAGCCGCAGGGUCAACAUGAAGUUGAACGCAAUCGUAGACGAGAGAUACGAAGAAGCUUUAAAGGAAGCUGAGAGAGUUGAUGAGCUGAUCACCUCUCGGAGUAAAACUGUAGAGCAACUAGAGGAGGAGACUCCCUUGCUGGGGGUCCCUGUGUCCAUCAGUGGCUGCUUUAGGGUGAAAGGAAUGAAUCACGCAGUGGGGUGUGUGCGAAGGGUCGGCCAGAUGGCGGAGGCAGAUGGAGCAGCUGUGGCGGAGCUGCGUCGUGCCGGAGCCAUCGUCCUAGUAACUACUAACACUCCGGAGCAGUGUGUCUCUGCGGAAACUCACAACUUGGUCACUGGUGUUACCAAGAAUCCUUACAACUACCACCGCACCGUAGGCAGCUCAGCUGGGGGAGAGGCAUCUCUGAUAGGUGGAGCAGGAUCCGUUGUAGGGAUUGGCUCGGAAUGGCUAGGCUCAAUCCGUGGUCCAGCCAUGUAUGCCGGUGUCUUCGCACACAGACCUCCUGCAGGUAUAGUUCCUGUAGAAGGCCAUUUUCCUGAGGUGAGUGACUCAGAAGCCGUAGUGGGACCUAUGACUCGCUACGCUGAGGACUUACCGCUCAUGCUGAGGAUUCUUGGAGGAGGAAAUGCAAAGAGACUGAGACUUAAUGAACCAGUUUCCAUCUCAGAUGUUGACGUUUACUACAUGACACAGGCUAAAUAUUCAAUAGGUCUUCCUAUAGUGGACAAGUCAAUCAAACAAGCCGUUACUAAAGCGGUGGACUACCUAAAAGCAAAUUAUGGCUGCAAAGCUGAAAAGGUAUCUUUAGACGAAAUGUCAAACUCCAUAGAGAUUAGCCGAGCAGUACUCUUUGGUAGAACAUUACCAGAUGUAUUUGAAGAGAACGAAGCUUUAAAUCACAAGGAGUUCAACGUUACAAAGGAAAUUGUAAAAGUGUUUACCAUUCUGACAACAUAUUCUUUGGGUGCGCUUGGCUAUAGUCUGAUGAAAUACACAGGAGGACUUUUAUCCAGGAAGAGUGUAUCAGAGUAUAUAAGAGAUAAGGAGGUUCUAAGGAAAAAGUUGAUUGAGAAGCUGGGUAAAACGGGUGUCCUAGUGAUGCCAACACAUCCGUCGUCUGCACACUACCAUCACCAGUGGAUGCUACGGCCGAUGCAGAGCGUAUAUUGUGACAUCAUCACAGCCCUGGGCCUACCGGCUACCAAUGUACCUAUGGGGCUCAACUCUAGCGGUCUUCCUAUUGGCAUUCAGGUGGUUGGGGCACCAGACCAAGAUCGUUUGUGUCUCGCUGUAGCUCAACGACUUGAGAAAGGAUUCAGUGGUUGGGCGAAACCUCCCUGUAUGAAACCUCCCUCCGAAACAUGAGCAAAACAUUUACUAGAACAUUUACUGAUUUUGAUUUGACCAUAAAAAGGAUGAGUGUAAGAGAAUGAAUUCCUCUAUUUUAGAUGAGUAAUGUAAAUUCUUAACAGCAUAGUGAAUGGUUAGGGGACUCUUAGAGUAGUUUGUGUCCAGAAAACUAAUUUUAAUUGAGUUCCGUUUCAAUUUUUGAAUGAAGCAUUAAUUUUUUUAUAUUAGUAAACUGAUGAAAGUUUGGAUUGAAAAGAUUUCUUUUUUCUUUCACCUUUCAGAUUCUUUUAUCAUUGAGUUGUUAACUGAACAUUAAUUGAUAGGUUUUACAUUCUUUGUUUUAUUCCAUUGGUAAAUGGUGUUAGAUAUGCUCAUUAGUUCAAUGAAUGAAAACAAUCUUUUGUGCAGGUUUAAAUGUAUAGUGAUUGUAAUAUUUAAGGUACUUAAAGAUAAAUUGAAUAAAUGUGUGUUAAACUUAUAUUAUAUUCUUCGCUAUCAUAUUAUUAUAAGGUUUCCUCCUAUAUGCUAUGCCUUCUUAGAAUGAAGGAAUGACCUUGUAAUAUAUCAUAAAACUAUAAUUAUUAUUGGAGUAUUAAUUUAAGUGCCGCUAUGAAUAAAAACCAUUUGUAAUCAAAUUAAAAUUAGUCGCUCUCUGAUGGUUCAAAUCCAGACCCAACUGCAUUGUGAUCAUUGCUACUCUAAUAAUGGCCAUGGCUUAAAAAAGAACUAAACUCUUAGUCAGAAACAAAGUUACUAAUGGCAUCUAAUUUUGGUCCACACCAUAAACUUAAUUGACCAAAUAGUGUUUAUAAGGGCAAAAAAAGCAGCCUAUUAGAAAAAUAUGAUUAUUUUAGUUUCUGAUGUCUAUACAUUUUAUUAUAGUACAAAAAUAUGUAUCAAUAAAGACUAGAGGUCAUCAACUACUAACUAGACCCAAAAUAUGUAAUUAACAUACCUUUCACCCCACGCUGUAAAUAAAACAUUUGAUUGGACGCUGUAAAUAAAACAUUUGAUUGGAAUUUAUUCCAUUUGUUUUGAUUUUCUGUUUAUAUUUUGCAUUGUUAUUCCGUCACCAGUAUGGCAACCCGUAAGGCCCAUAAUUGUUUUUAAAUUUUAAAUUAGUCUUUUGUGCUUAUUUUUUUGCCUAUUUUAAUUUAUGAAGGGAUUCUGCACAAUUACAGGAAAAUAUAUUUCAGUAUGCGUAGAUUUUCGCUCCGACACAUACAAACUGAGAAAAAACUAUUUCAAGAAACAUGCUUGCCUAAUAAUAUAAUUAUAGACAGUACAAAAGGAAUACAA